UAAUCAUCAACUCUACCCCACUCCUCAAGUCUUCUUAUAGUUUUAACAAUUCUUGUGGCUAUAAAUGACUAAAUCCCACACCAAUUCUAGGGUUUCCAAUAUUCUUUAAUUCCAUUUCCAAAUCCUGGAUCAUGGAUCAAAAGAUUUUCAGUUGCCAUGAGCUCGAAUGAUGGUUUUUUGUUCUCGAUCUUGAUCUGACUUGCUCUCCAUGUUGUUCAAAAGGCUAAAGCCCUGGGCAUUUUGCUGUAAUGGGACUUGGAAGUUCAAAGUUCAUAGCUUUAGUUUGUGGAAGAUGAUGAAGCAAUGACCACAACACUUCAAGAUUUGGAUGAUCCUGAUCGAAACAAGGUUGAAAACAAUGGGUCUAAUGUUGUUGUGAUCGAUAACCCUGUUUUGGAUGAAGCUAAAAGUAAGGGCACUGGAACUGCAGACCUAGUGGGUUCACCUCCCUCAGUGAAAUCCUCACCAACAGCUAAAGGGUUUGGCUUGAAGAAAUGGAGAAGGAUCAGGCGGCAAGCACACAAGGAUGGGGAUAGUAACACAGAGAGUGCUAAAUUGUUGAAGCGUGGUUUGUCGAACGCCGCUGCAAAUCCAGCAAAACCUGUACAUUUAUCUGCUGGAACAAUCCGAAAUAGUGAUGGAUCUGUUUCUUCAGCAAAUGCAAUAUUGAGGAGCCCUGGUGUUCUUGUUGAUGGCUUUGGUUUAAUUGGUGAUUCUGGGUUGGCGAUUCGGCCUAUAGUUUUUGGUGGGACUAACUCAGAGAAUAGCGAGGACCGAAGUAGUAGGUCUUCAACUGCAGCCAGUGCUCCAAGGGCAAGGUACGAAAUACCUAUCGUCCAUGGUUAUGUGCCUGUUAAGAAUGGGCAGAGGACUCAAAGUGGGAAUUACAUGGGUACCUCGGCUCAGCAAUCUCAUCCGAGAAAGGGUCGCUCUGAAGCUAGUAAAAAGGCUAGAGGAGAAAGGGUCAAACUCGAGAAGGAAAACUCUCAUUCAAGCUUGGAAUCUGACUCACAAAGCUCCAAUUUUCUCCCUAAGCAAAGUAAUAAUCAUGCAACAAGUAAUGGUACAAAAGGUGGAAGCUCAGUGAAUAAUGAUGGACAAUUCAGUGAUGAAGCUCUCACCAGAGAAAUACCAUUCAGUGAGGAACUUCAGACUGGUCUAGAUAGAAGAAAUGGUAAGGAGUGCGAAACUGAAGAAGAUCAAGGCGCUGAAUCCACCUGGGAGGUUAAAGAAGAGAGGAGUGAGUAUCAGGGGUUGUCCACAGAUCACGAUCCUCUGCUGGAGUCUAUGUUCACCCUUCAAGCUGCUCAGGAAACUCUUGAAAGAGAAAUUCAGAAAUUGAAAGAAAUCAGAAUCGAAGAUGUUGUCAUUGACCAUUCUCUUCAGAAUGUUGGUAUAUCUUCAGAUUUCAGUUCAGGUGACACAGAUUUUCCUGGACCAAACGCAUCUGAACAUUCACAAUCCAGGAACGGUGAGCAACAUUCAUUUGAUUCAUUGGAGUCUGAAGUGGUUAGCUUAAAGCAGAAUAGUAUACUAUUGCAAAACAAGCUUAACGAUGAAUCAGACUUGAUUAAGUUAGAGGAAGCGAGAGUUACUGAACUCGAAGCCCUCUUAUGUAGUAACUCAAAGAAGGAAGAAAAGAAAACAGGAAAUGAUUUGCACCAGAGUAUUGAGGACAUUGAAGGAGAACUUGAGUGCCUCUUUAGGCAGAAGAUUGAAGCUGAAAUUGAAUAUUUAGCAAUAUCAAGAACAAUCCAAAUGUUGAGAACUGCAACGAUCGAUCAAGCAACCCUUGUGGAAGAUCAAGAUUUAUUAGCUACAGAACAAGCACGGAUGGUGAAGAAGCUUGGCGAUUCAGAAAAGAAAGCUGCAAUCGUCAAGUCGCAGGUUAAAAACUUGGAAAAUUACCGUGAUGAUGUAGCGAGCACUAAUAAAACACUGGAGCUGCAGAAGGGAGUCUGCAAGUAUAGUUCCUAUUUUUUGAUACAAUUGGUAUUGCUGGCUAUCGUCUUUGGACUGUAUAUGUUGCAGAUCUCACCUGAUGCUGUUGAAGUUGUACCGACAUAGUUUUGAGAAGUGAGCACUUUUUCCCCUUUUCUUGUAUUUUCAACGUAGAACAACGAUGAAUGUUAAUUAGGUCGUUUUAUAUGCUCAUAGAUAGAUGGAACCCAUACUUCCCAUUUUGUCGAGUCGAUAUUGAAUUCAAUGAUAAAUAUAAAGAAUGAUUUUGUGGCUCAUAAA